CUGUCAAUACAACUCUAUUUUCACCUUGUGAAGGUCAAAGGACAGUUAGCCGGUGAAAAUCAGAGGAAAUUGCACGUCUGCAAAGGUUAAAUAAGUCAACGAAAUUAAAGCAGCUGAAUUAUAUUUGUAUCAAAGAUGCCUAUCAAAUCGAUCAAAGCUCGUCAGAUCUUCGACUCCCGUGGCAACCCCACCGUAGAGGUCGACUUGGUUACUGAACUGGGUCUUUUCCGGGCAGCUGUACCAUCUGGAGCAUCUACUGGAGUCCAUGAAGCCUUAGAAUUAAGAGACAAUGUGAAGGGAGAAUAUCACGGCAAGGGUGUAUUGACUGCCAUUAAGAACAUCAACACCGUAAUUGCCCCUGAACUUUUGAAGCAGAAUUUUGAAGAAACCCAACAAAAGGAGAUUGAUCAAUUCAUGAUCACCCUGGAUGGAACUGAGAACAAGUCCAAGUUUGGUGCCAAUGCCAUCUUGGGUGUGUCUCUUGCUGUAGCGAAGGCCGGAGCUGCUAAAAAGGGUGUUCCUCUUUACAAGCAUCUUGCUGAUUUAGCUGGCAAUAGCCAAAUUGUGCUACCAGUACCCGCCUUCAAUGUCAUCAACGGUGGCUCCCACGCAGGAAACAAGUUGGCUAUGCAAGAGUUCAUGAUCUUGCCGACUGGUGCCUCAUCAUUCAGUGAAGCCAUGCGUAUGGGCUCUGAAGUGUACCAUCACCUCAAGAAAAUCAUCAAGGAGAAGUUUGGAUUAGACUCGACAGCUGUUGGUGAUGAGGGUGGCUUUGCACCCAACAUCCAGAACAACAAGGAUGCUUUGUUCCUUAUCCAGGAUGCCAUCCAGCAGGCUGGAUACACUGGAAAGAUUGAGAUUGGUAUGGAUGUCGCCGCAUCUGAAUUCUUCAAGAACGGCACAUACGAUCUUGACUUCAAGAACCCCAAGUCCAACCCAGCAGACUAUUUGUCAUCGGAGAAACUCGCUGAUGUGUACCUAGACUUCAUCAAGGACUUCCCAAUGGUCUCCAUCGAGGAUCCCUUUGACCAGGACGAUUGGUCUGCAUGGGCCAACUUCACUGCACGUACAUCCAUACAGAUUGUUGGUGACGAUCUUACUGUGACAAACCCUAAACGCAUUACGACUGCUGUUGAGAAGAAGGCCUGCAACUGUUUAUUGCUGAAGGUGAACCAAAUUGGAAGUGUCACUGAGUCUAUUGACGCUCACUUGCUGGCCAAGAAGAAUGGAUGGGGUACUAUGGUGUCCCAUAGGUCUGGUGAGACUGAAGAUACCUUUAUUGCUGACUUGGUUGUUGGUCUGUCUACUGGCCAGAUCAAAACAGGUGCGCCAUGCAGAUCUGAACGCUUGGCCAAAUACAACCAGAUUCUUCGCAUUGAAGAAGAACUUGGAGCUGCUGCCAAGUACGCCGGCAAAAACUUCCGCAGACCAGUUUAAAUAAUUGUCAUGAUAAUAUAUCCUGUAUUAACAGAUUAGCUGACUGUUGGGCAUUAAAAAUUAGUAUGGCACAAUAGUCCUACUUUUAAGUACAUGCAUAUUCCUUUCUUGCAUUAUAAUAUAUUGUUUGUUGUUAUUGUAGAUUGUUUUAUACAAUAGAUCUGCUGAUUGUCAAAAUUUGCUACUCAAAAAUUUUAUUUGUCGUGUAGCGUGUGAUGUAUGUAAGAUUAUUUAUUUAUAAGUUGUAAAUGUGAAUUCUGAUUUUCGAAACAAUAAAAGCUGUUUAAUCA